AUCAGGAAGCGCUGUGCGUAGUGACAUCCGGAUUCCAGGCGAGAUGGUCAUGGCGGAGGGUACAGCUGUUCUGAGGAGGAACCGACCAGGGACUAAGACAAAAGAUUUCUACAAUUGGCCAGAUGAGUCAUUCGAGGAGAUGGACAGCACUCUGGCUGUGCAGCAGUACAUUCAACAAAACAUUAGGACAGACUGCUCCAACAUUGAGAAGAUUCUGGACCCCCCCGAGGGUCAGGAUGAGGGCGUCUGGAAGUAUGAACAUCUCAGGCAGUUUUGUCUUGAACUGAAUGGACUUGCUGUAAAGCUGCAGGGAGAAUGCCAUCCAGAUACCUGCACCCAGAUGACCGCCACCGAGCAGUGGAUCUUUCUCUGUGCUGCCCACAAGACUCCCAAAGAGUGUCCUGCCAUCGACUACACCCGACACACCCUCGAUGGGGCAGCCUGCCUCCUUAACAGCAACAAGUACUUCCCCAGCAGGGUGAGCAUCAAAGAAUCUUCUGUUGCCAAGCUGGGCUCAGUUUGCAGACGGAUCUACAGGAUAUUCUCCCAUGCCUACUUUCACCAUCGCCAAAUUUUUGACAAGUAUGAGAACGAGACGUUCCUGUGCCAUCGCUUCACACGCUUUGUGAUGAAGUACAACCUGAUGUCUAAGGACAACCUCAUAGUGCCCAUCAUGGAAGAGGAGGUCCAGAACGAGGCGGAGGGAGAGAGCGAAGCCUGAACACCAGCUGCAUCAUGCCAAACCUACAAGGACACACACACACACACAGACACACACACACACAGACACACACACACACACAGACACACACAGACACACACAGACACACACACACACACACACACACACACACACACACACACACAGACACACACACACAGACCCUGUCCAUACACAAUUGUACAUUAUCACAGACCCAAGAGAAAACAAGCACACUAAAAUCACAUGCUAGUGUUAGUACAAAACUGUCAUUGCUGUAAUAACUGAGACGUAACAUCUCAAUCUAACCUGAAUGUUUCAGAUAUAGCAGUGUUGUGGUGAAACGUUACAUUCAUUGUAUUCCCUUGGUUGACUGUGGGACUGUCUUUACCUAACAACAGACUAACCUUGCCUUUCUGCUUGUUUCUUUCUUCUUAACUUCAUAUUCAUUGUAUUCUAGAAUCUUUGUCGAAAUCUCGGGUCGUGUGACGUCACAGCCAAGGCAGAUGUAUGCCACAACCAAAUGUUACAGACCGUGAAAUCAUGAUCUUAUCCAGGUCAAGAUGACAAUGACACGUUGUAUCUGUUUGAAUGAUGGGUCCCAUUACAGCUACUGUCCCACUUUGUCAUUACAUCAUUUAAGAGAUACUAAAGAGUGGAGGUGUUGAAGCUCUGGGUUCCUUGACCUGACACUGCUGAAGGCUUGUUUGCUCACUGGACAAAAGAUUCUGCACCUAUUCUUUAAGAAAAGCCUUUUUCCAGGUUAUUGGUUAUAUGGGGGGACAACUAUUUUCAUACGUCAUUCAGAAAAUCUGUUGAUUCUAUUCCUUUUGUUUUAAGAGUAAUUUAUUGUUUGAAUUAUGUGAGUAAAUAAUGAUUGAUAACUGCGUGGUGCUGUCUUAGAUUUUAAAAGCAAUAGUUGGUCUUGUUCAAUUUCUUCAUCUCAUGUUGAAUUAUGAACUAUUGUUACUCAAACAACAAAGACAAUGUAACUCCUUUUUUGUCAUUUUGUCCCUGGUGGAUAUCUAUUCACAUUUUAUAAAUUAAAAUGUCAAGAUAUAUUUACAA